CACCUCUCAGGCUCACAGCGGAAGCUCAGUAUCUCGAAGAAGCUACGGCAAUGGCAGAAACCCCAGAAAUUCCACGUGCUGAAACGGGUAACGCCGGCGUUCCUGAAAAUGAACCCCAAUUAUACGAAUCUUCAAGAAGAGAUCCAGUUGCGGAAUUCGAUCCGAACAAGAUGCGAAGAACGAAACCAGGAAUCAAGCGUCUGAUUUUGAUCCUAUCAGUCCUCUUCUCCUUCUUCUUAGGGUUGCCAUUUUUGCUGAAAUCUGUCGAGAUAUAUCGAGCACCUCUCCCCUUUCGUGCCAUUGAUUCCUUAUUAAACAGAAUUGAGUCGAACCCAGUAGUUCUUCCUUGCCGCUUCCAGGCAGUGUUCGUAAGUUCUGACGGCGAGAAAAUUAGUGACUCUCGAGCAGAAAAACUUGAAAUUCUGAUUUUAGAACGAAUAACGAAGUUGACGGGUAGUGAUCCAGUUUGUGGCAGUUGUGGAAAUAAUUAUACUGUUUCAGUAACUAUGGAGUCGGGUAAAGAUUGCAUUCGUAAUCGAAAUGCUGGAAAUGGGUGUUUAUGGCCUUGUGGGGAGAUUGAUUUUUCUGCUUUUGGCGCUAAUUUAAAGGACGAUGAUGUUGUUGAUGAACUUCUGGAUUCCGCUUUGCGGGGUAACAUGGACUGUGCGGAUACUGGUGGAAAGGUUUAUACUGUUGUGAUGAUAAAUAGAGAUGAAGAGGCUAGAGUUGUGGUGGGGAAACAUCGACAUGCUUGGGUACUAGGUAAAGUCGAGGAGAUUGAAGCAGUGUCAAUGAUCACGGAUAUUUUCGUCAAGUUCUUUAUUAAUGGUGGGAAGAAAGAUGGGUCCAUUCAACCAGAAUUCAUGCCGGUUGGUGCUGAUGGAAGGGUUGUUCUGUCCUUUAGCCUUUUGAAUGCUGAUCCACAUGAUUGGAUUUAUGACUGGGAUUUUCAAAGUAUAGAUGAGAUUAUGUUGGCACCUGUGGUGGAGGCGUUGGCUCCUAUUGCAAAAAUAAGUGUGGAAAGUCAGGUUUUAUAUCACACUCCAAAGUCCUCAUUUGCUCAGUGGGAUGAGAAGUUGGCCAGCUACAUCUGUACAACCAAAGACCUCCCCUUCUUUGUAAAUUCAAAUGAAUGGCACUUGGAUACUUCAAUAGCUGCUGGUGGGCGGUCAAAAGUUCUGCAAUUUGUGGUAUACAUACCAUCUGCAAAGGAGUGCCCUCUUCUGUUACGCCUUCCAAAUGGAGAGAUGUCAAUGACCAAUGGAUUUAUAUCUCCAAUGUGGGGAGGUGUUAUCAUCUGGAACUCCCCGAGCUGUUUAAGGGAUUCAAAAAGUAAACCUCCUACUGUGCAUACAUUGUCUUCACAGGAUCUUCAUGCAGUAUCCGAGAUUUUUAUGGGACAGAUUCGUCAACUUUUUGGUCUUAACUCAGGUAGUGUUCAGUUUGCUGGUUCAGGCAUCACCAAUGUUUUGGCCAGUCAAAGAGGCUUCACAGAAUGGGAAUUGGAUGCGUUGUCGCGGCGCCACACAUGUUUUAAUCUUCUCUCAUGUGCCACAACCCUUGGAUCUCUAUCCAGAUUGGUUCAAUCGCUUCCGAGGAUGAUUAUAAUGGAUGAAAUUGGCAAACAGGUCAAGUAUUCACUUGAGGCAGCAGGUUUGGCUCAAAGCAAUUCCUCUCUUGGAAUCUAUGAUGCUUCAGCUGUGUCCUCGAGGCAAGCAAGGACUCUGGCAGAGGAUGCAUUCUUCCACCCAUCUAUCAUGUCUAUCAGCUACUACUCUUUUGAGCAUUUCUUUGCUAUCUACACGCCUUUCUUUCUGCCAGUUUCGUUGCAUGUGGUUCUUGCUGCUAUCAAAGAAUGGAAAAGAUUCAAGCAAGAGCGAGCGAAGUACUUGGAAUGGAAAGCAAAUGCAGGAGAGUCCUAAGUUGGUGUGCAGCAAGUCUCCAUUGAUGACUUUAAAAGAACGCAAAGGAUCGACUGAGAUGAGGGGUUCGAUUCCUCAAAAGUAUUGUAGCAACUACAGAAGCAGAAAGCUGUUACAUGGUUGCAAAGGACCUUGGGUUUCCCUGGUUAUGGUGAAUGGAGAAAGUUGUGUUUGGUUCCAUGACUUGUUUGCUGAGUGGUUCUUGAAUUGUAAAGCACGAGCUAAUGUUGUAUUUAAAUUUUUCUUUUUUGUGAGUGAA